AUGGCCAAUGUUGAGAAGAAUGCCUGGGUUUCAUUUAAAGAAAUAAUUGAUAAGUUUCUUGUGAACUCUAAGGACGAAAACUACGAAAAUAUUGUUCAAAAUAUGUUGCAACACUUUCAUCGUCUAGGUUGUAACAUGAGUUUGAAAAUGCAUUUCCUGUUUUCAUAUUUGAACUAUUUUUCUGAAAAUCUUGGAACAGAUAGCGAAGAACAGGGAGAGAGGUUUCACCAAAACAUUAAGGAAAUGGAACGGCGAUACCAAGGCAGAUGGAGCAUAACGAUGAUGGCGGACUACUGCUGGAUGUUGAAACGGGAUGUGCCCUUAAAAAUUUACAGUCGAAUGUCUGGACAACGCCGCUUUCUAACAAAAAGACGAAGAUUUCACUCAAAAAAGUCUGAGUAA